AAAACAAAUGGAUUUCUCGAUGCUAUCUAUUUCUGCGCAGUAACCAUGACCACAGUCGGUUAUGGUGAUCUUGUGCCCAGCACUGUACUUUCAAAGCUCCUAGCAUGUGCUUUAGUCUUCACAGGAAUGGCUUUGGUUGGAUUCAUACUUAGCAAUGCUGCUGAUCAUUUAGUUGAAAAGCAGAAAAUUCUGUUAGUCAAGGCAUUGCAUAUUAAAAAUAAUGCUGGUCCAGAUGUGAUUGAAGCGAAAUACAAAUGUCUUAUUGUGUUGUCUGUUUUAUUGGUGAUGAUAGUAACCGGGACUAUUUUCUUUGUGAAAGUUGAAAAGUUUGAUUUAGUGGAUGCGUUCUAUUGUGUGUGUUCGACUAUUACCACUCUUGGAUAUGGAGACAAGAGCUUUUCUACGAAAGGUGGCCGUGUUUUUGCGGUGUUUUGGAUUUUGACCGCGACUAUAGUCUUAGCUCAGCUUUUUCUUUACCUUGCUGAGAUGUACACUGAGAGAAGACAAAGGAAAUUGGUGAAAUGGGUUCUUGAGGGAAAGAUGACUAGAAGGGAUUUGGAGAUUGCUGAUAUCGAUAAUGAUGGGGUUGUUGGGCCAGCUGAAUUUGCCAUAUAUAAGUUGAAGGAGAUGGGGAAGAUCAGUCAUGAAGAUGUCCUUUUGGUGAUGAAAGAGUUUGAUGGUUUUGAUUUUGAUCAAUCUUGAACAUUAUCCUGCUGUGACAUAACACUUUCCCAAUUGUCUUCUUCAAGGCAUUCCUAAACAGCAAAAGAUUAUGAGAUUUCGCUUCAAAAUAUUAAUCAAUGUAUUUGUUAGAAACUAGAGCUAGAGAAUCAUAAUAAAUGUGUCUUUUUUUAUUAUUUAAGAGAUUCUUGGAUUAUCCAAGUCUCUUAAAAUUAUCUCUAAUGAAUGAGACUCUUCAAAUCUCUUAUUUAAUGUCUAAGUUUUGUUUCACUAUAUAAGUUGAGUUAUUAUCGUGUCCUUAUUUUCAUAAGUUCAAUAAAAAUAAUU